UCACAGAGCGAGCCGUUACUCUGGCGGUCCUCUCGCGGCUCUUCCUCUCUCUCUCUCUCUCUCUCUCUCCGCCAGCCAGCGAGCUCCAUCCGUUACUGUCGCUCUAGCUCAAGCAGUUGGGAGCAGAGGGUCGGAAUUCCUAUAUGCUUCUCAAGAGCUUGCGGCUUUCCGUCGGCGUCUCCGGCCACAGUCGUCGGGCUUUCGUUUCUCUUGGUAGAUUCAUCGUAUCUGCGAAAAACAAGAGCCUCAGCUCCCCGGCGUCGGUACUGGAGAAAGCAAUGGACUCGAAUUCUCCGUGUGUUUUAGUUUUAUCAGGAAAGUCAUCCUCGGAAGUGGAACUUGCAAAAUCUUUGAAGAGUAAUAACACACUCAAACUCCUGGGCUACAAUGAAAUUGAAGUGUUCCUGGAUUCAGAGAGAGAGAAGCAGCCGAAUGGAGAUCAUUUCCAAACUGAUUCAUAUUUCAAUUCGCUCUCAACGAAUCAGUUCGGUAGGUUUCUGAUUUGGUGUGCACGUAUGCCUUCAACCCAUGAUGUCGUUUCCCAGAACUUUUGCGAUCUCCCACUUGGCACAGUAUGCGUCGCGGAUAUUCAAUUCAAAGGCCGAGGGAGGUCGAAGAACGUGUGGGAAUCUCCAAUAGGUUGCCUCAUGUUUUCUUUUACAAUACAGAUGGAGGAUGGGAGAGUUGUUCCUCUCUUGCAAUAUGUGGUUUCUCUUGCCAUCACAGAGGCAAUAAAGGAUAUCUGCAACCACAAUGGAUUACCAUACCUUGAUGUUAGAAUAAAAUGGCCAAAUGAUCUUUACCUAAAUGGCCUUAAAGUUGGAGGCAUUUUGUGCACAUCGACGUAUAAGUCCAAGAAGUUCAAUGUUAGUGCUGGAAUUGGUUUGAAUGUGGACAAUGAUAAACCAUCCAUUUGCUUGAAUUCAGUCCUGCGAGAAUCUUUAGCUGUAAAUUACAAGUUCAGCAGGGAAGUUAUUCUUGCAGCUUUCUUCAAUAAAUUUGAGAAGUUGUAUUCUCUUUUCAUCAAUCAAGGUUUUCACACAAUGGAGGAGCUGUACUAUCAGACUUGGUUACACAGUGGGCAGAGGGUAAUUGUGCAGGAAAAGAAUGAGGACCAGGUGGUGGAAAAUGUCGUUACGAUACAGGGUUUGACAUCGUCAGGAUACCUGUUAGCUGUGGGCGAUGAUAAUCAGAUGUGUGAACUUCAUCCUGAUGGUAAUAGUUUCGACUUCUUCAAGGGACUGGUCAGAAGGAAACUCGAGUGACGAGAUGCUGUGUCCACCUUCCAUCUGAUCAAGAGCUCACCAUAUGUCAUGAUCUUCUUUACCGAAAGGAAAAGAUUAGUUCAGAUCUUAACCUUUCACAAAUAUAUUCUCAACGAAGUCGGGGUUCAAGAUUUAGAUUAAGAUUAGUUAUGAAGAAGCAAGAGAAUAAAGUAAACACCAACCAGGUCACACAUUACCGUCUGCUUGACUGACUCAAACCAUUGAUUCUAUUCCUGCUUUUGUGCAUAUGAGGGCUGCAGCUUUUGUCCCCCCUGGGCUUUUUUUUUUUUUGUUCGAUAAAUCACUGGGCACAGAUAAUCCUAGGUAUCGAGGACGAGAUCGUAUGCCACUGCAUUACAAUACACCCUCAUUUGAUCCCUCUUGGGCUUUUUUGUCUUGCACAAGAUAAUUUUUUGACAGCAAACAGACAGUGUCUAUUCUAUCAUAAUUAUUAGAGCAAAUCCUUCUGCUUUCUUUUUA